AUUUGCGCAAGUUUAGUUUGUGUAUGAGAAUUCCACCUAAAAGCUAUAGGCCUUCGAACCGCAGGCAUGGCCGCCGCACUUGGAGUGAUUUUAUUUACCUACAUUAGCUUAGUCUUUCUAGUUACCCAUAGGAUAUGUAUGAUGCAGUGUAAUCCGAUGUCCAGACCUGGUAAGAGUCGUUAAAGUGAAAGAACAGAGGCAGUGUUGUUGUUGGUUGCGCGCGAUUGUUCUCCCGGAUCGAUCGUGGCAACGGCUGGAUCGGGGAACUUUAUAACUCGUUUAUAUUUAGAGUCUGUGGUUUAAAACUCUAAUGUGUUAAACUUCAACAUUUGUAGGAGUAUACCAGGGAGAUAUGGGCGAUAUGCGGUUCUCUGGAAGCCACGUACAGGUAAACGUUUGCUGUCAAACUUCCUGAAACGUGGGUUGCGUUAGGUUUUUAACUUAACUUGUUAUGUUUUGCAAUGCAAAUAGAGAACUUGGAACUGUGGCGUUAUAACUUUUGCUAGGUCAACUCACCACCUUGCUUUACUCAACCGGAAGCCAAGUCGACUCUUUGCUUGCAUCUUCACGUUAUUUGAGUUUGUUAAUUGUCGACAAACUACAGGUUACUCCAAGUUGUAUUUUAUGACGGUGCAUGUCUAUUUGAACACUGUCAAACUACAGUUGCGUUUUCGUUUAAUAACCCGGUAUUAUUUUGUUAUCUUCCUAGGCCGAUGGCUCACAUCAUAACAGAAGGUACAGUAAAGUAGAAAAAUAUGGUUUAUAGUCAGUAAGAAAACAAAGAAACGAUAAAUUUCUACUAAUAGGGUGGAUAGGUCUAGGAACCAACACCCCCAUUCUCAUGUUGAAACUGUCUAGUCGCCCACGUAACACGAGGCUUUCUUGCUGCAGUUGUUUUUAGGAUCAGUUUGCCUAUUGUUCAAGUGUUUAAGUAAGCAGUGAGUGUGUUUACUGGUUUCAUUAAAUCCCUAGUCUUUACUUAAUUCCUUUCUGCGAAACUUGUUUCUGGCCUCAAAUGACACGCUCUUGAUUCUUCGUGACAAUAUUUUAUUACGGUCAUAUUAAAACCGUACGUUCGUAUAUUAACCGUGUCAUCGCCGUAUAAUUCUGCGCUUAGCUUCAAUUUAGUCCGUUUGAACCGCUAUAAUGUAAGUCUUAUUGCAAGAUACUGUAGACUUUUUCUGGUCUUGCUUGCGUGUUUCUCGAGAAAAGCGAAAUGUGAAUGGACUUUAGAUCGAUCUCUUUCUGUUUAAUAAUUUUUGGGGGUGACUAGUUUGUUAUUUAGCUUAUCAUGUGUUGUAUCUUCCGUUGGUCUGCUGUAGUAAUGUACUGGUAUUCUUUUCUUUUAUCUCUUAUUCCUAAUUUUAACGUUUAAUUUUACCAGCGUAAAUUUCAUAGAUGACAAUUUUAAAUCUUUUAAGGUGACAGGAAAUGUAAUGCUAAUCAACAGAAAUAGUGAUUGAUCAAUACUUUUUACAAUCGAAUUGACAGUGAAAUUCUCGUGCUAGUAUUUGACCUGAUCAAUCUGACUCUUGAACCUUUUAAAUAUUUUCUGAGGGAGUUUUUGUGUUUUAAUGUUUUCAUAGUUCAAACGAUGAUAAUCUAAACACUCCGGAUAGUAAGCAAUAAAAAUUAUUGCUACCUUAUUAUGGAAUCUUAUUAUGUUUUGACUGGAAAAGUUAUAUAUAUAUUUUUGGUUUCUUCUUUUCAGGGGGCAGCCCAAUAUUAGACAUAUUCGGUUUGAGCCAUCAUAUUUAGAUUUCUACGAACAGUAAGUUGUAAAUUAAUGUAUUUUUUUCUCUUCAGUGUAUUGUAUUUAAAAACGCAGGUUGUACAAGAUUAUGUUGUACAACUUUUAAUUUGUCAUCUGAUCAGUUUUGGUCACUGGUAUACCCUGUGAUAUCUUUUGAUUAUCACAUGUUUGGAGUACUAAAACUUUUAAGAUGAAUACUGUGAGAUAGAUUUAACAGUGCUUCUGGUAACGAUAUUACAAUUAUUAUUAGACUUUGGACUUUGGAAGAGUUUCCAUGUUCAAGUGAGAAUAAAACUAAAGUGCAUUUUAAGUACUUUCAUUAAAUCAGUGAGUUCCAGUAACUAUUGAGUCAUUGUGUUAGGCUAGGGAUGAUUAACGAUAAAAAAACUCACUGACUUUAUAUAACUAAGUAAUGCAAGAGUGAAAGUUGCACACAUUUGCAUAGCUGGUAGCUGCAUGUUAGCAGUAAUGAUAAAUCUAAAAAAACUCGGCUACACUUGUUCACGUGAUGUACUUGACGUUAACUUGAUGCAAAAUUCAGUGACCUGGAAAUGAGAGGCAGGUUAAUUUAAUAUCUUAUCCCUCUUAGUGGAUUGUGUUCUUUGUGUGCUCUGAUUGACAAAAAAAUAUUUGGACUUGCUUGGUAACAUAAUAUUGGCUCAUCACAUCCAGGCCUUGUUUUUCAAUUCAGAUUUUCACAUAAUUUGUAAGUAAAGAUUGGCAUGUGCCCAAAUAGUUAUAUCAAAUUUGUUGUGUGUGUAACUGGUGUGAAGGGAAUUGAUAAGCCUGAAUGCUCUUGUGGUUCUAUAUUUUCCUUCUUUGAAAGUAGCCAGGAAUCCCCCCCCCUGCCCCCUGCCCAUAAUGCAUCAGUCAUUUGAAACCCUGGCCCCCAACCCCAGGGGCAUAGCAGGAAAUAGCGGGGAUAUAACACGGCCAAGGCCAGGAUUAACACACUUUUAACAGCAUGUCAGCCCUGGGGGCGUUGGAAUUAAUACCUGUUUUACUCAGGUCAUGAGCGGGGAUUUAACGGCACAUACGCAUUUUCAGAAGCGGGGACAGAAGCAGGGAUUUAACAGGGGCCUCCAGGGGCUUAUUUUCCGAGGGGGGAUUUAAUGGAAGGUUUUUUGCAUCAUGAGUUUGGGGUGCUUAUAUUUGGAGGGGCUUCUACACGGAGGGGCUUAUUUUCGGAAAUUUACGGUAUUUUCGGAGUUGGAAAACAAAUCCAGCUAGUGGUCAGGGUGGGACUUGACCCUUCUGAUUGCAAGUCUAGCACUCUGCUUGGCCAUGCUACCUCACAGAGAGGUACAUAAAUGUUUUCUAAUCAGUAUUUGUACAUAUUAUUCUUUAAGGUCUGUGGGUAUGCCAAGCAUACGAACAGUAGCUAUUAUAAACCCACAUACAGAGCAGACUCUACAGCUGCAAUCUCUAUCUGGGAGUACUGUACAUUUCCAUGCUUCUUUUUUUCAAUCAAAAGUAAGUGGUGAUGCUGAUACUAAGUUCUUGUAUGUAGGACCAAAACAGCGAGUGAAAUGUGCGAGUGCAGAAAAUUUAAUCAGUGAUUGAAAGAAUGAGGCAUGUAACAAAAUAGUGCACUGAUUUUACUGAAAUGCAAUGGGCUGGAGGAUAUUUUCUGCAAUCCUGUACUUGUCCUUUGAAUGGUAGAAAAAUAGUCUGUGAAAACAGCUGUUUCUCCUUGCUGGUCGCUGCUGGGGAUGUUUCGCGCGGAGCACCAUCUGCGACUAAGUGGCAGGAAUUCCAUACUGAUGAUGGAAAUCAAUGUUUACAUAAUAAAUGCGGUAGUCAUGGGGUUCCCAUUGCAAAUUUGUUCAAUUUUACUUUUCUCCUGACCGAUUUUGGUAAAGUGUUGUGUUCAUCUGCGAACGAGCUCCAGCAAAAAUAAAUGCUUCUUCUAGAGAAGACUAUAUUCCUCAAAUUUUGACUGUUUUGUUAGAGAUUCAUCAUGUUUUCAUUUGACCUUUGUAGCCUUUUGUCUUUUGUCUGGCAUUCAUAAACAAUAGCUAAAACAAUGUAACUACUCUGUCGACCAAUCAGUGCUUCUGACUGGAUUCUGGACAGAUUGUAACGCCGUCAAUACGGAAUUUCUGUUGCUGAGUCGCAGACGUUCCUCCCCGCAAAACGUCCCCUGUUUUCGCAGGCUAGUAGAAAAGAUAACCAGGGAUGUUACUAAGAUUUUAAGUUGCCGGAUAAAUACAACAAGUAGGUGGGUAAUCAAACAGCUAGGGAUUUCCUUUGGCUCUAUUUUUCUUCUAUUUUCCUAUGAAAGUAGCCAGGGGCCAUGUUCAUAGUAGCCAGGGAAAAUCCCCGGCCCCUGGCUCUUCAUGACAUCCCUGGGUAACUUGUUUGCUUUGUGGUCUGAUUUAAACAGCCUUUUUUUAAAUCAAACUACAGUCAGCUCUCUUUUAACGGACACUUCACUAAGACAGACACUCAGAGAGUUGAUUCCUGCCUUUCUGUAUUCCUUUAAGUUGACUCUGUAUGAGAUGGACACAUUGUUCCUGUCCCAAAGGUGUCUGUCUAGAAGGAAGUUGACUGUAUUCUUAAUUUGAAGCAUGAUUGCCAUGAUGCGUCAGUGAUUUUGUUACCUCUGUGUCCUGCGUCCCUGAUGCAUAAAAAGAGGCAAAAUAAUUCAUUACAUGCGUCCUGUGGGAUGCAAAGAUCGAUUGAUUGAUCGAGCUGAAGAUGUUUUUGUAGAAUAUCUUGUUUGUGUGAUUUCUGUGACUGUUCUUGUUGCUGUUGUUUAAUGAGGUAUAUUUAUUUUAGUCUUUGUUGUGCUUUAUGAUAGGAGUUUUUUAUUCCAGUAAACUGUAUUACAGAGUUUUGAAGUCUGUCUUCAGAUUAAUUGUCUGCAUGGUUACAUAAAGGCCCCCAAAAAAUUCAGUUUAAGAGUCAUUGUUUCUUGAUCUGGAACCCAAUGACUCUGGACUGGGACUCAUGAUUUGUUUUGCAAGAUGAGCCCCAGGACUCACCAUAACUAUUGGUAACAAAAUCACUGAUGCUUUGCAAAAUACCUUCAAUUGAACUUGUGUCUUUUUGUCUACAGGUAGUUCAAGCAUUAGGAAAUACAACAUUUGAAAUUGUGUUUUUAGCAAGACUAGUUGGAAAUGUAGAAAAUACAUUAUUUAUUCACACCUCCAGAGGAGUUUAUCCUUAUCAGGUAGAUUAAAAAGUCCUGAAUAUUAAUACACUGGUGAAAAUGUGCAUAUUAAUUGUGGUGAAUGAUUUUAUUAUGAUCUGUAAUUCCUCACUGCAAAGAAUUCCUUUCUUGACUUCCUGUUGUGCUAACUCCCUGUUUUUCUAUCAUUUUACCUUCAGGGUCGAAAAAUAUUGUUGCUUUUUUCACAAAAUGACUGUAUACUUACGUGCCCUUGAUAUCCAUUGUACACUUUCUCUAAAAUGACAGGUGUUAAUGGCAUUUUGCAUUGUAGUUGUAGCUAACUUAUAAAAGCUUUGUUAGUACAAGUAGACAGGGUUCCUACAGAGUCUGUUACUCAUCAUCAAAUCCCAUUCAAUCUAGCCAAUAGCCAAGACACAUAAUCACAGAGCAAGAGGUUUCAGAAUUCUGUUAUGUCUGCAUUGCACGAUGGUUACGGUACAUUUGCAGUGCAUCAUAAAAAAAGCUUGUUUGACUAUUUUGGUAACCUUGAGUCUUGAAAAAUAAACAAUAAUUGUUUAUUGUUUUGUUAAAAGUCUGGAAAAAGUCUUGAAUUUUGGAUGCAAAAUCUGUAUGAACCCUGAGUGGAGUUAUUUGAUGAUGCUCAGCUCUUGGUCCUUUGAUUCUUAUCAGUGUCAUGCUUACUGUUUAUCAUUUCAGGUGUUUGGAGUUGGGGUUCCAAACCCAUACAGAUUGCGUCCUUUUCUAGGGGCAAGAGUACCCCUGAACUUUAGUUUUUCUUCUCUCAUAAACAUGCAUAAUCCAUAUAGUUUUCCUCUUCAAGUAAGUAGUUUUAAGAAAUUUGUAUUAUAAUUAAUGGGUGCUAAUGUGGUUUGUUUUUCGCCAAAGUCACUCAUGAUUUGCCACUGUUUGGCUUUACAGUUCAGUUGGCAGAGCGACAGUAGUUUUAAUUAUGGUUGUAAUUCCCACCAAUACUCAGAUAAUUUUUUCCUUGCUUUGCAUUUUUCCGUGAUAUCCUAUACAAAGGCUAACUAAUGGGGAAAAUUUCAAGAAUAAUCUCUAUAGUACUUAAUUUUUUUUACUCAGAGCUAUUAUUCUUUGUGACACCAUUCUUGUAGUUCAUGUCUGUGUUUGUCAUUGUUAGCAACUUGAUUAUACAUGUAUUUUUCUCCGACUGUCUCAGAUUAUAGAAAUGUACUCAAGUGGAGGUGAUCUACAUUUAGAGCUUCCUUCUGGAUUGGAGGAAGCACCACAAAAACACUGGGUAUGCUGUUCAAACAUUAAUUUUUUUUAUGUUUGGUCAACGUCUGUCAGACCUUUUGAAAUGUUCUGAAAAUCAAGGUUGUGACCUCAUUAUUGGUUGCUGUAUCAUCGUCUUGACCCUCUAGCACUUAAAAAAAGUUUUGCAAACUGUUAAAUGAGUCAGCAAGUAUUAGUUUUGUUGUCAUCAUUGUUGCCAAGACUUACACCACCAUCACCAUCAACAUUGCCACUGUCAUCAUCAUUGUCAUCAUCAUCAUCAUUAUCAUCAUCAUUGUCCUCCUCCUCCUCCUCCUUUUCCUUCCCCUUUACUCCUUUUUGUGCUUAUUCAGUCUAACUUCACACUUUCUAUCUGCAAGUAAAAUGUUUCUCUUGGCCUUUUGGAGUCAUUGUAAUAUUACACAUGCAUCCAAGUCCUACUCUGCCAGUGCAAGUAGUUUGAUAAUAUUGUGUGUUUCCUUACGCAGGAAAUUCAACCAUAUGAAACAAAAGUACUCAUGAGAGUAAGCUUUGUUGGUAGAGUCGCAUCAAAUCAUACUGCUUUUAUUCGCAUCAAAGCUAGCCAGCCAGCACCUAAUCAAGAGCUGCUGAUUUUACCAGUUGAAGUGGAAGUCACAGCAGGUAAUGAAGAACUGUGUUUUUUUGGAUUUAUUAAAGUGCUUUUUUUUAAUAUUCAUUAAAGCUUUUGUUUUGGAAAUUAUGGAGGUUAUCAAGUCCUGCCUGUAAUGGUGUAAUGAAGUGUGACAUUUUCAUAAAAGUUGUUUUGUUUCAUUCCACAGCUCCUGGUCUCUUUUCUUCCACUGAUAUGUUAGACUUUGGAACUCUUAGAACAAUGGGUAAGCUAGACAGCAUUUAUUACAUACAAAUACAUGCAUUUUAAGAAGUUUAGCGAUAAAACCGAAAAUGACAUUGCGUUCAUUCUCUGGAUUUAUAUUUGUAGAUGUUGUGGUUCAAUUUCAUCCGUGGUUAAAUCUUAUUUCCCUUUGUUUUGAGGUGUGGUAAUGUAUGAUAAUAAUUAAGUUUGAAACAACGGAAAAUAAAAUUUAAACCAGGGAUAAAACUGAACCAUUACAUUGACAUACGGUAGUUAAGAGAUCUCAGAGCAAGAAGAAUGUGCUUGGUAUGUUUUGACCAAAUUAAUAUAGUCGAAGCUCUUCUUGUGACCACUCUCAUAAGCGACCAGCCCUAGUUACGACCACCUUGUGAAACCCCGUUUGAACUGUGACUUAAACUUUGUCAUGAAAAGCUCUCAUAAGCAACUGCGCCCAUUUUUAGGAUUACCAAACUGGACUUUUCCUUUGUUUUUAAGCUCUCGUAAUUGACCAUUCAGCAACCACUCUGAGUCUUACUCAUAUAAAUCAACACUUUAAUGAAACUUUGCACUGCACUAAUGGUGAUAUAAAGACACUCUUUAAACAUUAGCUUCUUUUGUUUUUCUUUAUGAAUUAUUUAUGAGUUUCUUAAGUUCUCGUAAUCGACCACCAUCUAUUGUUUUAUCAUAUGGUCGCUUAUGAGAGCUCAAUCUUGUAAGCAACUAGCUUUAGUUACGACCACUUUUUCGAAUUUUUGUGGUGGUCGUUUACACGAGCUUUGACUGUAUCUUGAAUUGGUCUUCAUCAGCGGUUUGAAUGGCAAAUUAGUGAUGGUCAUGUGAUCACAUUAAGCAAUUGGUGUCAAAUGUGAAUGGCAGCUUUAGUCCCUUGUCCCUUUUCAGUGAUGAUUGUCAGGCAUUUAUUUCCCUCUGAUAUCUAUCACUGAACUUUUGUCACAGUAUCAUUUGCAGUCGUGUGACCUUCACAUUCAAUAAGCUGACAGAGACCUUCAUGUCUGGUCAUUAUAAUAAAAUAACAGGACAGAACUUUCAUCUUGCUCUGCAUUCUUUAGAAUAAUAUCUAGGAAUAGUGUAAUAAUGUGGCUACCUUUGUGAACAUAUUAGGUUUAGAAAUUUAGGAUUUAAUAUUACAAUACUGCACCAUAUGGUACAUUUCCUCUUUAAACCCAUCAACAAUAGAUGAGCAAUGAAAACUGCCCAGUAGCAAGAAACAUAGCAGAAUGACUUGACAUCUAAAGCUGAGCUGUAAACACAUGGGCCCCUGAAUGCAACCCCUGGCCACCCCACAUACCAACCCUUGGAGGGAAAACUGCUGACCAGCAUUAUUUCAUUUUUUGACUUAGCCUAAAUUGCAUUUAGGCACAUAUAAUAUUAUUAUUAUGCAUUUUAUGUUGUGUUUGUGAAUCUUUGACAGAUGAGCCCAAAAGUAUAGGUUUAUAUCUUCUUAAUGCUGGACACAAGCAAGUUCAUAUUUCAGUGAGUAUUGCUACUUUUCAGUCUUGAAGUAUUAUUUUUCAGACGGGGGCUAUAGAUACCUGGUGUAUGUUAAUUCACUGACAUUCUCAAGAUUUCCACUCUUGCAAUGAAUGUUAUUAGUAGCAGCAGCAACCCAGCAUGGCCCAUGUUGACAUAACACAUGUGUAUUAUGCAUUUGAUAAGAUGCAAAGGUCAUGUAAUUUCUAUGAGGUUUUCAUCAUCUUAUAUAAGGCACGUCUUAUCUUAGAACAAGUGCUACAGGCUGUGCCUAGAUAAGAUGUGUCUUAACCAAGUCACACCUUAUUUCACACAAAAUGUGUCUAAUUUUCCUUUCAUAAAUGUCCCUAUUUUUGCACACCGUUGAGUUUCCCAUCAGCAUUAUAAUAAUUAUUAUCAUACUCAUUGUAACAAGUAUUUUUUUAUUUCUUUUAAGGCAAUAUCUGUGGACCCACCAAAUAACGCACUAUUUAUUAGUUUCACAGUAAGUAAACCAUCUUUGUCGUCGCCUUUGGCGUUGUUAAAAACUGGUUGUCUUGAUCAAUGUGCAAUAAUUUAAGUUAACUGUUUUCUUUCAUUUGAUACUUAGCCAAUGCUUUUAAAGCCAGGGACAAAGUAUGUUAAAGUAGCUACAGCAACAUAUUCUGGUGAGGGUUAGAUGAUUGAUUGGAUUAAAAUCACUUUGGUUAAACUGUUCAAAGCAUCAUAGAAAAAAAUUCUGUUGACAAUUUAAAUCUGUUUUUCAAAAAUAAUGAACCUCUGCUGGCAUUAAUUUUGAAUAUUGCGAACUGGCAAGCUCACGCAGGGUUCGUAGAUGUUCUCUUUGAAGUGACUGCAUAGAUUAUAUCAUUUAUAGAUGGUAUAUUAUUUUUGGUAGCCUUGGGCCUUUUCCAGUGUAUCUAGUACUUUCUUUUUGCUGUUUUUGGUGAAUAGAGAGCCGUAGAAAAACCUGUGUAAGAAAUACAGUUGUCUCUCUCUUAACGGACACCUCCAUAAGAUGGACACCUCUGUAAAACGGACACUCAGAGCUGGUCCCUACCUUUCUUUACUCCCUUUAUUUGACUCUCUAUAAGACAGACAUCUCUCUAAGGCGGACACAUACUGCAGGUCCCCAAGGUGUCCGUCUCAGAGAGAGUUGACUGUAUGACCUUUCAUGGGGUCCUUGUACUGACAUUUGAUUAUUAAUGUUUUUGUGAUUAUUUUGUUAGCUUUCAAUGUGAAGAGAAGCAGGCAAGCAAGUGGAAAAGUAAUGAUAAAAACCAACAGUAAAAUAACACCAAGGCUAGAAAUUCCAUAUCAAGUGAACAUUCUUCAAGGGUGAGUUUGAUAAAUUAAAUAGAAUACUUUGGUAUUUUAUAGCAUUUCUAUCACCAUUUAGAUAUGAAAAUUAAACUUCCUUUUGACUGUUUUGUUCUUAUUGUUAUUGUUAUUGUUGUUUUACUUUACCACAUUUAUGUGUGGAAAUCUGGUCAAAGUCUUUUACACAAAGCAAGUAGUCUGGUUUCGGAGCCAUUAUUUCUAUGUUAAUGUGCUUUUUUGGUGAAAAAUAUUAGAUAACAAAACAAAAAAAGUAAACAAUUAUUAUUUUUUAGUCUCUGCUGCCACCUUUUUGCACAUGUAAAUCAGCCUUGAAAAUACUAUCAGGAUUCACCCACCAGCUAGGCUGUCAUAAACAUCUCCUGCUGUGAUAUACUCUAAAAUACUUUUAUUUUCUAUUAACAGGACAAUAGCUUAUUCUGUAAGCAAGACACGAUUCUUUGUAGGAAAACCUCCAUUUGUUCCUGUCAUAAGGGAACUUCCUAUCACAAACACAUUUAGUUUCACAAUGAUUAUUUAUGAUGCUGCUUUUCCGUCAGAGGUGGAAAGUGUAUUUUCUGUAAGUACAGUUUUAGACAACUGUGAUUUUCUUAUAUCAGAUGUAUUUCUUGAGUCAUUCUGUACUUGGAAACCAGGGGCUGAAGCCCAUCCUUAAAAUUUUCCCAAAGGAUUUUUCUCCAUUUUCAAUGGACAAUGAUUGGAAUAUCUCUUAACUGAUGUGACGUUUGGGAAUGUGACUCCAGAUUCAAGGUCCAUACUUAGUGAUCGUUCCUUUGCUUAUUUAAGGCAGUGUUGGUUUGUAAAAAUAAAUAAUGCUUUGGUGGUUGUAGUACAAACAAAAAGUGCGUCUUUUUCUUCCCUUCCGCGUGGAAUUGGAAUUUGAAAAUGUGCUUUUUGAGGAGAAAGAAAACCUGGUGUGGGUGUGUGUGAGUGGAGAAAAUUUCACCUCUCGAUACAAGAGCAAAAGUCACCAACAAACUCAACCCCCAUGUGUUUCCCCCUUUUGGACUUGAGCAGGCACCAAAUUGAUGUGAGGCAAGUGCUAUCUCUCACCUUUGUUCUGGCGUUGAUCCUCCUAUGUUAUUUUGGAGAUGCAUGUAUAAAAUAAUAAGUCAUCAUAAACUGAGAUCAUAAACUUUCAAAUGCUGCCUUUAUAUUAUACAUUUUUUUGUAAUAUUUGUGUUUUUGUUGAUCUACAGAUUGUAAAUUUUACCAAACCAGCAAUGAUCCCUCCUCAGAGCACAGUUACUCCUUUCUUUGUGCAUUUCCUUGCCAAUACAUCAGAUAUAGCAUUCUCUACAAUUCUUAGAGUCUACACAAAUGCAUCUAUUUUUACCGUGCCUAUUCACUGCUUCAAUGGAAAACUCAAGGUUGGUCUUGUGUCGCUGUUAUUUCUUCAAUAGACCUUUUUAGCCUGGGUUUCAUGUUUGGGUGUUAGGUGAGAAAUAUCUGCAACCCCUGGUUUUUGUGGCUGAAGAAACCCAAUCUCAUUAACUCUGUUUUGCUUUUAAUAGUUGGCUUUAGAAACCCUCCUCUCCCUUUCAAGUUACUUAAUUUUGGAAUGACAUGAGUCAAAGUAACUCAAAGUGGAUAAAAAUGAAAACAAAGGGCACUUUCCAUUCAACCCAAAAUUGCAGAAAUUUCUGUUAGCACAGCAUAUGGAACGAACCAUUUCAGUUUGGUCCAACUGGAUUAUUCAGGACCAGCUUUGAAGGUGGUCCACUUUGACCUGUCUGGUCAUUUCAGAUGGUCGAACCGAAAUGUCCCUUUUCAUUUGACAAAGUUGAUGUCCCCAGUACGGCUCUUUUGUUUCCUGCUCACAAGAACAAUAACCAUACGCACGUUGGCUUAGGUCGGGUCUGUGCAACAGGAAUGUAGGCAAUUUUUGAAUUCAGCUUUUGUAAAGGUACCAGUCCAUUUUGCACGUGAAAUUUCGGAAAUUUCAAACCAGAAUUUCCGUUGUCAGUGGAAGGUGCCCAAAGUUGAUGGCUGUACCGUGUACAGGUACUUUGAGUUAAGAACUUGUACACUUCUAGAGGCCACUUUCUAAUGAAACUACUGUGUUGUUCAAGCCCUGAUACUGUUUGUUUAUAUCUCAGUAUGUGGUAGAUGGCUUAGAGGAAGAUGUUGUUGAUUAUGGUACAGUUGGAACAGGAGAGAAUAGAACAAAACUUCUUAAAAUCUUCAACCAUAAUCCUAUAGAGGUAAUGCAGGAUGAAAGUAGUAUUUUGACAACAUAGAAUAAUAAUUUCAACUGCAACACAUGACUGGCUAUGUUUUAAGAACAUUUCAAUAGACUAUAUCCUUGUCUAGCUUAUAUUUUGUACCAAAUGCGUUUUUUGUAAAGAGUACACAUUUUAGCCACUUAAUGUUGUAUAUGUUGUGGUUCAAUUUUAUCCUUGGUUUAAAUUUUAUUUUUCAUUGUUUCAAACUCAUUAUCAUACAUUAUCAUACCCAAACACAAAGGGAAAUAAAAUUUAAACCGAGGACAAAAUUGAACCACAACAUAUAUGUUAAGUAGAACCACUGUCAUUAAGCUUAAGAUUUUACUGACCCUUUAAGUCAUGCAGUUUUUGUAUAAACUAGUUUUGUUAUGACGCCAUUGCAAUAGCCAAAAACCAUAACAGUGAUUACUUUUGCAUUCACAGGUCACUAUCUACAGAAUAGAAUGCAGUCUUCAGUUUGCAAGAAUUAAACUGUUAGAAACUAAAUCUAAUAAUGAUAGCAAACUUUCCAGAGCCAACAACACUCAAUUGAAGACAGCUGACCAGACAUCAGAUGGGCAAACACAAGAUAGCAAGGUAACAGUUUCUUAUUACUAGAAGUCGUUGAAGGAUUGCAGACCUAAAGUGAACUAACCAUCUCAUUCUGAGACCAUGUUACGAGCAGAUUAUACUUGUCACUUUAACUUUUGAAACUGUGCACAAACUCCUUGGUGAACUGCUCGUAUUUUUCUGUAUUUUUGAAGGUAGAUUUUUAUGUAUUCAUUUCAGGUGUCCAUCAAACCUGGUUAUGUUGCUUAUUUUAAUGUAGAAGUUUUUGUCCCCAAGAAAGAGGGGCAGUACAUUGGGGAUAUAGAAAUGGAGACAGAUUAUGAGGUAGGGGAUGCAGUCUAAACUUAGUUAUACUACUACAUGAGAAAUUUCUGCAAUUUGAUUGGGUUAGAACAGUGGUAUUUCAGCUUAAUUUGAAAUAGCUACAUGUAAAAAUUACAAAAUGUUUGAGGGUAGUAGUAUAAACAAAUAAUAGCAUGAUUUGUAGUGAUAUUUGGUAUUAAUACCCUGAGUGAUAUUUCAAAAUUGUUGUACGUAAUUUCAUGAGCCGUCAGGCAAGUGAAAUUUGAGACAAUUUUGAAAUAUCACGAGUGGUAUUGGGGGUAUAGAAAUGGAGACAGAUUAUGAGGUAGGGUUGCAGGCUAAACUUAGUAAUAACUUUGUUAUUUUGUUUGAGUGCAAUACUUACUCGUCCUUCUGCCUUACAGUUGAGAUACUACAGUUUAAGGUCUCUUGAUAAAUAUUAUUAUGAUUUGAUAUACUAUAAUAUUAUUUAACAUAGAGUGGAAGCUGUCGUAAGUGGACACCCUUGAAACGCCAAAAAGGUGUCCUUAACUGAAGCUUGCCUCUUACGGGAAUGUAAGAAUACAGAGUUUGCAUGAGGGUUGAGAAAAAAGGGGUUUUGUGAAGGUGGCUGUAAGUAGAGCUGUCCACUUAUUUCAAGUAUCCAUUUGGAGAGGUUAUACUGUAGUACAGGGGUGUGAAUCCACUGGGGUAAAUGCCCCUUGCUUUUUUGGACAUUAUCGUGGAUUCUUUUACAUCCUACAACAGUCAGAUCAGUGAGCGCUGUGAGUGAGUGUUGUAAGGUGAGGCUGACAAUAUUUCAGCCUUAUCUAUCUCUGAGAAGGCUAGAGUGUCUAACCAUUUGCAUAUGUGGUCAGGGCAAAGGCAGCACAUUCUGGUGCAACAUCUUCUUUCUUUUAGUGGUAAAAAGGUAAAAAGAGUCAAUCCAGAUUUAAAUCAAUCAAUUCAAGCGCAGCAGUUUAAGUGCCAAUAUUAAUUUUCUGUACGGGUUGAAAUUUAUUCUUUAUUAUUUUUGUGUUUCAGACGCUAUAUAUUCCCCUUCACUUAAAAUCAAUGGACGGGAAAAUAGUUUCCUCUCCCACUUCACUUAUUUUCCAACCUGGAUUUCCAGUAAGUUGUGCUAACUGGAUGACAUUUUUUCGCAGCAGAUUAUCACUGUUAUUUCAGUAAAAUAGUGUUCAUUGGAGAUGGCUCAUGUAACUCUCAAGACUGUCUGAAACUGUGAACAAGUUUUGAGGCAGCAACAAUACAGGAAAAUUCUAGAAGAAAAAUAAUGAUUUUCUCUAGGAAAUACCAGGAAGCUAAGUUUAUGGGAGAAAUAAUUAAUUUUAUUGCUUGUAACAGAGGCAAGAUCAAGCGGUGGUGUGAACGGAUAAUAUUCAUCUUUCAAAUGUGCUGAUCUUCAAUUGCAAAUUAUGUUACCCAAACACAAUUUGGUUGUAAUAAAACGAAAGGAAACAAAGUUGUUAUGUGGUAUCUCUGUAUUAUAUUGGUGUAUGUCAACAAGGUAAUACAUGAUGCAUCUCUUUUGUUAUUUCCUAGGGUCAAAUUGUCAACUAUAGUCUCACACUUCUCAGUUCCUUUUCCAACACUCUGAGACUUGUUUCAGUCAAACCUUAUCCUUUGGAUGAUAAAUUUUCAUUUGAACCUUCAAGCUCCGAUGUACAGUUACUUCCAAAUCAGAAAGUCCAGGUUUGUGCUUCAUACAAGAGUUUUAAAGUGUGUGUUUUAUUGUUGAGUUAGUUUACAUAUGCUUGGUUCUAGAGUUAUGUAAGAGCCAACAAGUUUAGUUCAACACGAGUUGAGUUUUAUUUAUGGUCAACAAAACCAAGCCUACAACUUACUGCAUGAUCAUAAUCACUGUAUUUGCAAGCCAACUCCAGUGAUAUGCUAGCACUGAAAACUUAUCCCAUUGUGGUGGUGAAUUUUCUAGUUGCUUUUCAACUAAGUAAAUAAAAAAAAUAAAUGACUGUUUAUCAAAGAAACUCAUUGCAGCAAUACAUUGUACACAUGAGCCUGAAUUACAGAGCUACUUACAAUUGUAUAAUAAUGUGUACAAAUAUAGAUAAUAAAUCGCAAACCUGUGUAAAAAUUUAGUAACUAACAGCAACUAAUACUUAAAAGUAAUAAAAUCUUGAGCGGCUUGGUCUUACAAAUUGGGCGCAUUGUGGUACAUUGGGUGAUUCCAGAAAAUAUCCAUACCAUACCAUGGGCGGCAUCUUGGAAUUCUGAGGGAGAGGGGGGGUUUCUUGGACUGGAAUUCCGAAGACGUGGGGGGUAACACAGUUUGGAAUUCUAAAGGCAUGGGGGGGUGUUUCAGCUCUGAAUUCAGUGAAUUUCCAGAGGAAAGACGGCGAAAGCUCCGCUUGAAAUCGCUGACCUGUUAACAUUCCCAGUUUGUAAAUGAAGCACGAACCGACCACGGAAGAAGUAUGCGUUCAUGCAGAUGGGUUGUGCAGCAAGCUCCAUAUCAAAGAGUUGAUGAAUUAGUCAACUGAUUAAUAAAAAUAUAACCAAGUCGGUGUUCCUUGCCAAUUGUCGAUCGACGAUGUGUUGUUGUGUGCUGAAAACUCGCACCAGUCUCUCGUUUCCAAAUAGAACGCCUGACAGAUUUUCAAUAUGGCGGGUGACGGAAUAUUGAUCGUAAACUUAACUCUUGUCAGCGUUCACUGGUAUCAAUACGAUCUACUCCUGAAAAUAUGACGGUAUUGAAUGGAAAACAAAAAGUUCUAUUAGGUGGUAAGCAGCUUAAAGAUAAUGCUUAGAAGGAAUAGCUACGGUGUACUAACUUUAACAAACUUGAGUUGCUUGAUCGUCUGACUAAAAAUUGUGAACAGAAUUCUUUUGCAGAGGGAAAAAGGGCAAGUUUCUCGUUCGUCUGAAGAUUUAGGCAGACGAAGAGGAAUUCCAAAGGGUCUGAAACAAAAGUGGAAAAUUCCGGAGGGGAGGGGGGGUUAGCGAUUUUGGAAUUCGGAGGGCAAGGGGGGGAUAAGCAUUUUGGAAUUUCCGAGGGCAAGGGGGGGUUAAAAUACUCAUGCCACCCGUGGUAGGGUAUGGAUAUUUUCUGGAAUCACCCAUUGUAGAUAGCUCCUGACCCUAGAUGAUAAUUAUGCUGAACUUCGUCCAGUUUAGGGAGAAUGAAGUGUAAUGGUCGAACCAAAUUUGUCUGUUUUCCGACAGCUCAAGGCACUGGGUUGCUCUAUUUAAGCUUUAACUUUGUGCUUCUAAGAAAAAUAAUUAUCGCCUAGGGAGCUCAAACGCUAUGAACCUCUGAAAUCAAGGGUGCACUGCAUUUAAGUUUGCUGAAAUCACUAAAUCAUGUCUCCACGAGGCAACUGUACACUGCUAAAGCUCAUUCCUUGAGGUGUCCCCUCUCCCCUUACUUAAAGUAGUGUAGUCCAGGAAGGCAGAAUGACUAUACUUCUAUUUUUAUUUUCCUUGUUUCCAGGUUGGACAAUUAUUUUAUAAUCCAAUGAAAGGCUGCAAAAAUCAUUGCUAUACAGGCAUAGAAGAAGGUAAGGAUACUAUCUAUCUUGUCCUCUAUUAGUGGAUUAAGGGUAUUAAUCCUUGUUUGAAGCUCACAGUUUACUGGACUUUUGACUUCAUCCACAACUUUGAUACUCAUCUUUUACAUCAUCAUUAAUUGACACUACUAAUAGGGAAGUGCUGGAUUACAGUUUUCACUGAAAGGUUGUUUUUGGUUUGCUGGAAACCAGAUAUUUGUUUGUCUCACAGUUAACCUUUGGUUAAACUGGGGCUUUUAUUAUAACAAAAAAAAAGUAUUCCACAUUGCAUGUAUUUGUAUCUGAAACUGGUUCAUAGUCAAAGAAAAGGGAAAAUGUGUAAAGGAUAGCAUUUUAUCAGCGACAAAAACAGGAAGUUAUGCUAUCAAGCUAAAUAUUGAUUUGAUAUUAUUGUUUUGCAGGUGAAAAGUGGUUGUCAAGUUUUUCAUUGCCUCCAAAUAUUGGGGAAAUAGAUGGCCGACUAAUGGAAAAGAAUCAAAAGAUGUUCUCUUCUUUAGAACGUGCAGGAAAACUUAAGUAAGUUAUCAAUAUUGCCUGAUAGUAAAAAAAAAACACAGACUUGCUGGCUCAGAAAUUUAUUUAUCCACAUUUGGUGAUCAAUGACACUCUAUCUUUGUAAAUGGAUUUUUGGAAAAUUGAAAUGACUUUCGGCCAGAUGUUAGAGAAUGGACUCUUGGGCAAAGUGAUCAUGAAAUUUAUUUUCUUUGCUCAGUAUAUUCACAAACAAAAUAACUCUCUCUUCUUGUUUUUCUUUUACAGAUUAAAUAUAUCUUUUAUAGUAGACACAGAUAUAGUUAAAGGAUUUCGAAUCCCAGCACAAGCAAGCCUCUUGUGGCCAUCAUUUUCAUCUGACAAACCCGUCAAGUUUCCUCUCACUCAUCUUGGGAACUCCUCAACCAAGUUUAUCAUGCUUGAGAACCCAGCAGAUGUACCAGUCGUGGCCCAAAUUGUUCCAUUCUCUAUAUACCCACAAGCUUUGUGGGAUUUGUUAGCUGAUAGGUAAGGAGUUUCAGUUCAGUUCUGAGUAGAACCGCGGCAGUCUAUAACUGUGGUCUGGACAGUUUGUCUUUAUAUUUUGCGUGAAAAUAUUGGUGGUUAAGUGGAACCGGAACCAGAUAGAUGUUAUUCAAAGUACUGUUAAAAAUCCUUAACCUGGACACUCUCAGUCUAAGAAAAAUUGAAGGGGGCCCAUUGUUCUAAACCUGUUAAAUCAAAAGGUGCCCAGCAUAUUUUGAAGAAACUAAGAUUUUCUAGUCAUCCGGGAGCAAAAUUUAGGUGCCUGGGGCCACUGAAUAUUGCUAGAGCAUAGCCUUGAUGCUAUGGGGACAUCGUCUAGUGUUCGUCACAGAGGUGUCAUUAUUAUAGCCAGUAGGGGUUGUAUGAAGUUCCGUAUUGUCAGGGCCAGAAGGGAGUGUUAUAGAGAACUUGGUGUACGACUGGGGUUUUGAAUAUAUUUUCUAAAUAAACAGGUUCUCAGUUAUGGUCUAAUCAAGUUACUUAGGACAUUUAGAAAUGAUGAGCUUAAAGUUGUGGCGAGAUGUGGUGGCUGAGUCUGGUAUAAGACAGUGAAUUUGUGCCUAGCACUGUUUUCGGGUUUUGUCUAACAGAUGUACUAAUGUAUUUCUCUGCGCAGGUUUGAUACAGAAGCUUUUGGAUUUGAUCCUGGUGAAAGUACUUUUUCAAUUCCAACAGAUGAGGUAUGCCACGAUUGUCACUUUUCAGGGAAUAAACUGGCAAACUGAAUUUCUUAUAAGAGUGUUUGUUGCUAACCCUCUCCACACCCAACAUUUUGUUCUUAGGGACUUGGUCAAGUAGAUGCACCCUUGUUGUUUUCUAAUUUUAAACAAUCACCCUAGCCUGCUUUGCAAUAGCCUGCCCCAGGCUCUGAGAUAGUCGGGUCCAUGCAUGAAAUUAAGAAAUUGCAAACACGCCCACCUUUCCCAGAUCACUUUUUGCAUGCCUUUCACUUACACAUCAUCCCUGCUAUCUGAGAGCCUGAAACAGGCUAGCUUUGCAGAUGUAACAUAACCCUGGCUUGUAACAUAUGUGAAUCAGUGCUGAGGUCCUUGUUCCAGGUCCCCAACAGGCUCAACGAAUUACCAGUAGUUUGUUUCAAAUUUUCCUUCAACCUGAUUGGCAAGUGAACAGUGGCUUUUUAACAGGCCAACCACGGCGAUUGGUACACAGGUACCCAGAACAAGGAUUUUGAUGCUGGUUUGCUGAUGGACUUAAGCAGAGGUUUAAUUUUGUCUUUGGGGUAUCCUCCUUCCUUUUGUUCUUCAGCUCUGAAUGGUUAUUUUGGCUUUUCAGUUAACAGUGCUGUAGUCGUCUAAAAAUGUGCAAUGUCAUAACUUUCAACCCGUUUUCAUUGUUGUUUCAGUGUGAUUCUUCCAUUUCAUCCACAUCAGUGUUGGAUGAUAGAACAGUUCCUUCUCCUGGGACUGUGGUAACUGUUAUAAAGCCACGCUCCUCUGUUAGGAUACCUGUCAAGUUUCAUCCAAGAGAUGAACGUCUAAGAACAUCUGUAGUCCUGAUAAGGUAACGCUCUUUUUAGUCUUUAUCUUCUGUACUUGUUUCUUGAACAUUAGCUUAACCUGCUGUGACCCUUUGUGCAAAUUCAAAUAAUUCUGGUGCUUCUGAAACAGUUACUCUCUUUACAAUAAUUAUUAUCAUUUUAAAAGGCAGUUCAAGAGUUUUUUUGAUUACCGUUAAGCACUGACAAAACUGAUAAGGGUUGAGCACUGCAAAUAGUGAUUAGGAUUAAGCACUGACCAUAACGAUUAGAGUUAAGCCCUGAGAAUAGGAAUUUGGGUUAAGCAGUGACUUGAAACAGUUAGCUUCUAUUUAGGGUUAGGGCUGUUGCCGUAUAUGUAUAGUUUCAACUUAAACCUCAACAGCGAAUCUUCAGUGUUGUAGGGGAAGAGUUGAUGGACAGCAAACACUAUACUCCAGGUUUGAUUCUUACUAAUGUUGCUUUGAAUUAUGAGGCUGGCACUUUCAUGAACAUUUACUGAACAGAAAUGUUUUCAAGAGACUGAAAAAAGUACUAUGUGUGUAAACUUCGUAAGGUGUUUAAAUUGAUUCUCGGUGAUGGUAUUUGUUUGCAGGAACAAUCUCACCGUUUUAGAUGGCAUUGUAGUGCAAGGACAAGGAGCCCGGGGCGAGUUUACUUUGAACGGGAAGAGACCUGGGCCCCACAGUACCUUACUGUUUGAAAUUAAACCCAGUCAGCUGGCCGAGUGCCACAGUAAGUCAGUGCAUGCUCAUAGUAGACUUAUUUUAAAAUUUUAGAAUUAAGGUGGUAAAAGCAUUCUUACACAGUGUUUUGAUGUUGCCAUGGCAUCACGCUCAAGUGACAAAUGUGUUAGGUAAAUGUUUUCCGUCUGGUUCACCUCGCACUGUAUAUAUUCAAUCAGUUUGAAUUUCUAUUUUUUUUUUCUCGCAUUGUCGUGGUCUCUUCGAAGGAUUGUGUUUUACAUUUCCUGUAUCGCUCUUGUGGGCAAUAUUUUCUUCUUAUAUCUCGUUGGAAAUGCGUGGUUACUCCUAAUUGUCUUUGUGGAUUUCUUACUGAAACCUUUUCUACAUUUCCGCAAAAGUCCACUGUAUAUUUCACCAUUGCAUUAUGUCGCACAGUUUUAAAGAUGUUUUUUCGUGUUUUUGUAAUUGUUUUUCAUUAGAAGAAGCCCCUCGAUCACGGUCGUUGCCGUCAUUAUCAGUAAUGAAGACAUUAACAGCCACCAAUCCUGGACAGCUGGCUGUGUUUAUCAGCUCACUUAGUAUCAAUGGCUAUGAGUGUGAGGGAUAUGGCUUUAAAAUCAUGAAUUGCAAGUCUUUUGUCCUCAAGCCUAACACGUCGAGGAAGAUUGAAAUCACGUAAGUGUGGUCUAACCACAAUCAGUUGGCAAAGUAACAGUGGUUCGUUACCCUUUUGAGAUUAGUCUCUUGAGCUAGCUUCGUUUGUUUUCCAUUUCACAGCAUAUGGUGUUACCCCUGGUCCCUCCUCCUGUCGAAUUUUAUCCUAUUCAAUGUGUUUAUGAACGAGACGAAGGCGAAAUUACUUUCCUUUUGAGAACUUAACGCGACCGGAAGUGGGUCGUCUGGAGACAACAGCAAGUUAUCUCUACAAAGCUAUUUAUCGUCGUAACACAUCCUUUUUUACCGUUUCACCUCUGUGCUUGGUAUAUUCUAUAAUUUUUGUUUCGUUAUUAACAGUAGAUCACGUUUUUUAUCUUUUUAGGUUUACACCCGAUUUUUCAAUGUCCAGAGUAACUCGGAAACUGGAAGUCAAAACCACUUUAGGACCUGUAAUGGAGUUUACACUAGUAGCGACAAUCCCUACCCACCUCCUUCCACUGUGUGCGUCUUCCUUGGGACAUAAUUCCUGGGAGCCUAUCUUGCGAGGAGCCGUUGUUUUUCUCAUGGGCGUUGUCUUCUUGGGGGUUGUUAUCGCUGCUUAUGCUGAGGCGCGUAAACUCGCGUUUCUUUCGCAUCCUGAAGUGCAGCUUUUACAGAUGAAAGAGGAAGAUCGAGGGCAGAUAUUUGACUUGAAUGCGAUCGCUGGGGUCAAAAAGAACAAGUGAGUCCUACUUAACUCUCUCCAGAGAGACCAACAUCAAUUUUCUCCUAACAGUAUCCAUACAUCCUCAGGAGAAAUGGUUAUGAGAAUAAAAGAAAUGAUCAUCAAACUAAUUCUGUAAGGAAAUGUAUGGAGAUAAGUUUGGGGAAUUUAUAUGUGCGUAUUGGGGCUUUAACUCGUCUCUGAUUGUAUUAACUGGACUUCUUACAUGUCAUGUCUGGUCACUCAUGAUACCUUUUAAAUGAAGAAAUAUCCUUGGUUUUUGUUUUCCCAUACUUUGGUGUUAACUUUGCUUUACAUUUUCAAAGUUCUAGCCUGCGUGGCUGCCUCGUGGCUAGCGUUCAAAAGGGAAAGGAAAGUGAAUUUGGGCGCGAGCCCUACCGUCCCCCUUUCGCGUCGUCCGCGCUUCUCUCGCGCUCGAAAUGCCCUUCCGGUUUCCUUUCAAGCGCCUGCCAAGCAGGCUAGAAAUAUCCACCCGAGUCUUAUAAAAGUCCUGGGAAAGUGAUGUCUUAGCUCUUGUGGUAGGAAACCUGUUCGACGUCUUGACUGGGCAGUUGGGAGCGUAAGCAACGAGGACGGCGACGUCAACGAGAGCGGCAAGAAACCAAUAGGUUUAGAUUAGCAAAACAACUCUUCACCUGCAGCACGCUUUUUUGUACAUUUCUUUACAGUCACUGCACGACUACGACGUGAGGACGGGAACACAAGUCAACGACUUUCUUUUUCUUUUUCUGAACUUCGGUAGAGUCUUGCAACCCCUGAAAAAAUUGCCAACAUUUGACGAAUUCACCGAAAUGGAAUAAGGGCGAUAGAAUUUCAAGCAGCGGGUUUUCACUUCAGUUUUCGCGACGUUUUCGUAGCCGUCGCCGUCGUCGUUGCCUAAGGUCCCUAGUGCUUUGUCCCGGGUUUUUUCAUGUGCAGUAAUUCUUUUCUAUAUCUGGUGUCUCUAGGAUUCCUGUAAAAGACGAACCAACAGUGGGGCAAAAGAGAUCAAGAAGAGACACACGUGACAGUAGAGAAACAACGCCGGUAAUGGCGGACAGACCUUCUGGCAGUGACCACACAACUAAUGCAAGCUUAGGCAAUCAUUCACCUACAAAUAAUAACAUAAAAACACCAUCAGCUAGCGCGACACGACAAGAUACUACCGGGACUCGAAAUCGAAAUGCAAGAACUGAUGCAUCUGGGAAAAAUCAGUCAAACACGCUUGAAAAUUGGGACUUCAGAGGUGCUAGGUCAACCAGCCCUCCUCUGGAGAGUAAAACAAGUUCUGGCAUGAAAGAUAGCAAAUUAAAAAAUGUAGCGGUAGUAAAGAACCCAACGGACGCUGUAGGAAACUCAAGUCGAAAGGUUACUGAAGCAAAGAAAGCAACCACGGACGAGGGCAAAAGAACGGAGAGAAGCAAAUCCUACCCUGAAAAUCUUAAUGACGAAAUUAUAAGUGUAGUUGUUCCAAAUAAGUGUGAGUCAGCACCCAAAAGAGAUUUGAAAGACUCUAAAGAACCAAAGGGAAAACAGAAACGAAAGUUAAAAGCUUUGAACAGGAAAGAUGAGAAGGACAAAAAAGGAAAGACGAAAGAAAGUACAACAGCCAAGACCAAGGACGAUGAAGGUGCCAUGUCUGAUGACAGUUGUAGCGAUGGAUCGUCAGACAAGUCUGUACCUGAAGUCAGGAUACAACAGCCAUCAAAAGAAGGAAACAGAACUCAUCAACUGGCCAGUGCUAGUCGAGAGACUGUGGACAGUGGGAGUGGAAAAGACAGAGGAAAGAACCGUAAAAAUGGGACAGAGAAUGCAGGUGCGAAACCCAAGAAAGGAGACGGCCAGUCAGCGAGCAGCGUCGGGCGACCAAAGAGUUUAGAUGUUCCAGCCAAGAACCAGAACGUUGGACAACACGGCAAGAGUCAAAACAACUCGAACCAUCUUGAGAGCGCAAAGACAAGCGACAUGCAGCAUCCAGGCGCAACUUCACCUCAUGCCAUCGCUGCGGCUGUCAUGUCACUGGCGUUGGGCAAGAACGUGCAGGCGCCAUCCAAAGAGAACAGCUUUGACGAGCAUGAACUCAGCAAGAGGAAAGCGUACACUAAGACAUCUUCGUUGUGUACCAAUCUGUCGGACUCGCCUCCUCCCACCUCUCCCACCCAGCUCAGCGGAAGUAGCCGGAGUAGUAGUUACAGCAGUAUUGUUAGCAGUGACAGUUCAAAUGGUACGGAGCAGGUGAAACAAUCAGGAAGAAAGGGAAACAAGUUACGUGUUAAGACCACUAAGUCUCUACCCGUGGAGGGCGGGACUAGUCCUACUUGGACCUCUGCAGGUAACACGAUAUGAAACAUCAGCGUAAUUAAUUCUGUUAGGUUAGGUCACACAUAGCCUGCGACAGACCCUCCUCCCCUCAGGAAAAACCCCUUCUCCGAUUUUUCCUCAGGGAAGAGGGGAUCUGUAAACAGGUUAGGUCACACAGGCAAACUUCCCGUUCACAGAAAGUUGUGUGAACAAACUGCCAGGAGUAAAAUAUCCCGCACGUUAAUUCUCCCUCAGUUUUUUUUUUCCGCAAUUGUCGCAAGAAAUACACGAAGCUCAUAAGGUUAAUGCAGAAAUUCAUUUCUUACAAGGCAGUUGUUUUUCUUCCAUUUGUCCUAAAACGUUAACACCAUUUUUUUUGGCAGUUUUGCGAAUUUGCUUCUCUUUUGAGAGAAAAUACAUUAGUUUUGUCUAGAGCAAAAGUUGACGCAUAUAUAUCUGGAUGUAGCCAACAAGAAGCGAGAUGGUGUGAAUGGAUUUGUUUUUAUGAUGGAAUUGUGUUCAAUGUUCAAUUUUCCUCUCUGUUAGGUGGCAGAAAAUCUGGUAAAACAGGAGAAGACCUUGGCCUAUCCAACCUGAGACGCAGCCCCUGGGCCCUCCCUUCAGAGCCCCCGUUGGCACGCCGCAGCCCUGUGGGUGAGAGACCAGAUAGAAUUGUUUCUUCCCAUUAUUUGCCGACUUCCCGCUCGCCUUUACUAGACAGUCAUCCUUUCCGACGUAACAGCCUAAAGAAACAGUCCUCGUUAGAGGAGAAGGUGCGUCCGUUUGACCUAAGUGAUUUGGGAUUGUCCGAUAGUGGUGCGACGCGCAACAGAGGUUACCCAACUGGACAUGCUAAUCUGUGGAAGACCAACGACAAAUGCUUCAACAACCCCGACAGCCUUUUCAGCUCAUCUUCACUUGCAGCCGAUGACCAGUUUCACGGCAAGAGCACGUGGCCUUCGAACAACUGGGUGAAUUUCUUGGAUGCUAGUAAUGUCAACGGUGGUGCCGUGAACAGCAACAAAACCAUGGCCGAGAUCUGGGAUGCAGGGCAGUCGCCUCUUGACAGUGAUGGAUGGUCUAUUUAUCCCCCUACUGCCUCUCCCGUUCCUCCUGCCAGUUCUGAGGCUGAUGCCGUAGAUGCUUUGUUCAGCCAGAUGCCCGCUGACUGGUCCGGUGCAGCUGCGGGGCCCAAGUCUCCGUUCAGCACUCAAGAAGUGACCUGGACCCCACCACCUGAUGUCUCCUCUAUCUGGAGUAGUGGAUACUUGGUGCCAAGCUCCACAGCAGAGCCCCUUCCCACCUCAUCCACAGCUUCGUAUGUACCCUACACGGUGCAGCCACCGCAGAACCAAGAGUCUCCUGUCCAGCCCUCCUUUGAGCCUCUGGGCUCCCUGGGGAGUAGCAUCUGGAAUCCUACUGGUGUUACAUCUACUUGGUCCUCCACCUCAGAAUAAGAUCAUCCCAAGUGCUCUUCAAACGUCUUUUACUAUAAAUUUGAUACUUUUCCUUUGCAUGAUAUCAUAAAUUUUGUAGCCUGAAAAAACAGCCGACAUUUCUCGACGGCACCACCGGUCUCCCCUUCAAAUGGUAUCUUAGGAACGAGUGGUGGCGUGGCGAAAUGUCGGUUGUUUUCUCAGGCUAUUAAUAGAGAGCUUUAGAUUCAAGGACGACUACUACUACGAGUACGAGAUUUUCUCAAUACAAAGUCUUGCACGCUCGGGAGCCAGCGUCAUUUUGGCGGGAAAACGUGAUAGCCGUCGUCAUCCUACAACGAGUUUUAGCUCGAAUGUCACGGUGGCGGGAACAAGUUAUCAAAUGUUACAAGUUUUAUCAUUCUACUAUCGGGAGACGGCUUAACCACUUAAAUAACCGUACUAACUUU